GAAGCCUCAGCAUAGUUUGGGCUUGAUGGUCAGUUGACAAUUAAAAGAAAUUAGAGAAGGUUGGCGGAGUGAAAGUUGAAACUUAGGAAGCUCCGGUUUCUUAUAAUUUCUUGAUCUUUCUUCUCCAAAACCCCAAUUAAACCCUUUUCAGUCUAUUCUUCAUUCCUUUCUCUGACCCCAUAAAUUUUUUCUAUUAUUCCAUCUUCAAAUGAUCACUUCUGCAGCCAUCAAUUCUGGGAUUUGUUUUCGCCGGCGCGCAGUAUCAUUUCCCUCUGGGUUUUCUUCCGGGUUGCCCUCAGUUUCCACAAAGCUCUUACCUUUAACAUCCGCCCUUUAUCCCAAGGGGAAGGAUGCGCUUCCCAGCCUCCGACCUUUUGAUUCCCGCAUUCUGUGCAGAGUUUUGGUUCAUCCUUGGGCCACAAACCGUGAAGCUGAUGGCACGACACAAUUACUGAAGAACACUAUUGUUCUGGCAUCAAUGCCCCAGGCUGUUAUUAUCUCAGAUGGAGGAGCAUCUUCUGGUGCAAAUACAUCAAGAAAGGAAAGAAAUCCCAAAAGGCUCAACAGUAGUGCACCCAAGAGCGACAAGCCUGACCUCCUUCCCGUUAUCAGAUAUCCUCUUGCAACUGACUCUGCGACAAAGGCAAUAUUAGAAAAUAAUACUCUGGUUUUCAUCGUGGAUAAACGUGCUGAUAAGAAGAACAUCAAAGACGCCUUUAAGAAUAUGCUUAAGACAAGGGCCAAGAAAGUGAAUACUUUGAUAAUGUCUGAUGGUACCAAGAAGGCCUAUAUUACGCUGGGACCAGAUUGUAAGGCCUUGGAUGUGGCAAAGAAGAUUAAAGUCUUGUGAAAACAUACAUUUGAUUGUUUACGUUUGAAGAGAGCUUUGAAGGUAUAACUGAUUUUGCACUGUUCAUUGGCAUUGAGUGUCUGCACAGGCUAAAUCCCAAACCUGGGCAGUUUUUGUCUGAAUUAAGUUUAGUUUUACUGAGUUCAUCAUAUGGCUGGUGUUGGGGAUCAAUCUUGUCCACAGGGAUAAAAUAGUCAAUUUAUGGCGACUGUGCAGUUGGUUAGGUUUUCUUUUCCAGCUUUCCUCAAAUUGUCUAAACACUGGUUGCUCAGAUUUUUAGACAUGUAAGAAACGUAGACAUGUGAAGGAUAUGUGUUUUACAUUCAUGGAUAA